GAGGAUGCGAAACUCCGGUAGAAGGGACGCUGUCCUGCGGCCUGCCUUCCCCAGCCCCCGCUGCCCCCCGCCUUGCCUCCUCUGGUCACCGGGGCUGAUGAAUGAAUGACGAUGCGGCCGCCGGUACACGCGUUUCUGUGCAGCGGGCUGUGCCGCCGGCUCCCGGCGCGGCGCGGCGGGUGGGGGAGUGAGGAGAGCGCCGUCCCCUCCGCUCCGGCGCCGAGCCGAAGCCGAGGCCACAGCGUUCCCCAUGGCUCCGGAGGAGAUGCUUCAGAAACUUGCUGUGUGUUUACCACGUGUUCUGACAGCCAGUUUAAGAGGGGACUUACCUGUUCUUUCAUUAGUCGAGCAUAACAUUAUCUUGAAUUAAUUAUUUCUCUCCACAUGGCCUUCGUACUCAUGUCAGCUUAUCUUCUGCUGACUCAUGCUCAGGGUGCUCCAGUUGAGAAUGAGACGCUGUUCGAAACACUGACGUCACAAGUAGGAUUAUUCAGCAAUAAAAGUGAACACUAUUCAGCACAGGUGAGACCUCCUGGCACAAGCCGACAAAUACCUCAGACAAUCAUCAUAGGAGUUCGUAAAGGAGGGACAAGGGCUUUGCUGGAAAUGUUGGAUAUUCAUCCUAAUAUUGUGGUAGCAGCUACAGAAGUCCACUUCUUUGACUGGGAUGAAAAUUAUGUGAAAGGAAUAGACUGGUAUAGAAGUCUGAUGCCGUGUUCUUAUGGAAAUCAAAUUACAAUUGAGAAAACACCAGGCUAUUUUACUUCACCACAGGCUCCAGAAAGAAUUCAUGACAUGAAUAGCUCCAUUAAACUGCUGCUCAUUCUAAGAGAUCCCACUGAGAGAGUUAUAUCUGACUAUACCCAAGUAUAUUACAACAGAGUAGAAAGCCACAAGCCUGUUCAGCUUUUUGAAGAUAUUGUUAUUAAGAAUGGAGCACUUAACACCAAAUACAAAGCUAUUCAGAGAAGUCUAUAUGAUGUUCAUAUGGAAAAGUGGCUUAAGCAUUUCAGUUUGGAUCAGAUACACAUAGUGGAUGGCAAUACUUUAAUCAAGGACCCUCUUCCUGAAUUACAAAAAGUUGAAAGAUUUCUAAAUCUUCCUUCCAGAAUUAUGUCUUCUAAUUUUUAUUUUAACCAAACCAAGGGAUUCUACUGCAUUAGAAGUGAUGGAAGAGAGAGAUGUUUACAUGAAUCCAAAGGGCGCCCCCAUCCUCUUGUGAACAAUACUGUUUUAGAGAAACUGUAUUCUUACUUCAGAGAGCACAAUGCAAAAUUUUACAGAAUGGUUAAUCAUUCCUUUGACUGGAAUUAAUGCCUUUGGAAUCAAUGUUUCUUAAAAAGGGCCUGAAACAAACUCUUUCAAACAUAUCAUUCUAACCUGUAAAGAUUUGUAUUAUGAGAAUUUAACAUACUGGUUAUAUGCUUCAUUGAAAUAACACAUCUUUUAACUCAUUGAAAUGUUGAGGAUAAAUGAGUUUCAUGUAUUUGUAUGAUUACUGUGAGUAAUAUUCUGAGCUUCUUUCUCCCAUCAUGCAAGUACAUUAACUUCAGUGGACUUAUUUCAGAUCUGUAUCUGUUACAAGAUUCGUGCUGUUUUGGAAAAAUGACUGCUUCUAACAGUGUAAAAAUGUAAAUAUUUGAAGUGGUAUUAUCCUAACUGUUAUGUAUUUUUUGUUGUUAGUAUUUUUUAUAUUAUGCACAAUGAUAGUGGUGUUGAUUUCUAGAAUUUUUCAUACAACAAGCUAAAUUGUAUGAUAAAACAGGAGCAUACAUAGUGGCUCCAAUAAAUAAUUCAUCCUCUGUUAAUAUGCUGAAGUUCUUAAUCAAUUAAUAAUAAAUUGAAUCUAUCUGACCUAUGAUUCUGAAUAGGUGAACUAGAAGCUCCCUGUCUCACACUCAUACUAUCUUGGGUUUGGAAAAUAAAAAUAAUCUUCAAAUAAAGAAUAUGUACUGUUUGAAAGCGCUUUAAAUGAGAGUUCUGAAUGUAAAGAAAUUAAAUGAUCCCUGGUAACCUCAAUUUACACUGUUACUCAAUACACUAAGAGCAAACAAAGAAGUGAAUGCCAAAAAAUUACUAAUAUCAGCAACUGUACAAAUAUUUGAUUAUAUAAAUUAUGCCACUUUGCUCUUGAAUGGAAAAGCUCUUCAUUAGUACUACCAUAUUAAUCAUGUUUGUAUUCUGUGACUAGUUAUUCUAUUGCUCUCCUGGCUUUGAUUUACAUAUCUCCUUUGACACAUUGAUUCUUGUUUAAAAAAAAAAAAUUACUUGCUUGCUCUCCAAAAUAUGGAGUAUUUUCAUUUUGUCAUUUCUAAUGCAAAUCAUGGGAUGUACUGUGUUAUACUGUAUAUCUCAGACACAGUGUUCAAUAUACUAAGUAUGACAUACUCACAUUAUAUGCAAAAACCAUACCCAUCCAUACACCUGCUUUAGGAUUUUUUUUUAUUUUUAAUAUCUUUUUGUUUGACAAUAUUGUGCUGGUCUUUUCUCCUUUUUCAGAUAAACAUUUUAUUAUAUAUCAGUACCAAAGAAGAAAAUUAACUUUAAAUGUUAAAGAUGAUACCAGAUAGAACUACAGCUGCAGAUGCGCUUGUUUGACAUUGUACCUUGCAAUGCAGACCCUCUGGUGCACCCUGUCGUAGAGACAUUCAUUAGGUGGAUUCCUCUUUCAGCUUCUCGACACUGGGAGCUGCAGUUGUGUGGGCCCAGUCUGAGCAUCACAGCAUCAAACUCCACCUAAGUCUAAGCCACUGUGCUUCCUACAGGAGUAUGUGUUCCUCAUGUUGGAUUCAGUCUUCCACUUCAGAGGCUAAAAGAUAUAUAGUGCAGCACUAAGUAUUAGGCUUUUGAGACUUUUUGAGAGGGCUUCUUAGAUGUUAGGCAGGUAGCAGUAUUCCACUCAAGCUGGACAGAGUCAGACCCAGCCAGAUUAUAUGGAAAUAACCUUUAUCAAAUAGUCCCUCAAAAAUGUAAAAUGUUAAAAAUAAUAUAAUAAAUCUUAUUCUUUAUCUCUUCUGCUACUUGUAUGUGCAUAUAUAAGAGAAAAUUAUGCAUAGAAUUAGCAUAUAAUUAACUUUGGAAAUUAUCUUUCUCAUGUAUUAUUAUUUACUGCAUCUCUGAUUUCUACAGAUGGCCAAAAUUUUUGUUUACUACUUCUGCUUUUUCUGAGAUUGUGGCUUCUUAAUCAUUAAUAUUUAUUAGAUCUGGGUACUACUUAGAAGUACAAAGUCGAUCUCAACCAGGUGUGGAAAGAACAGGAUGUUCUCUACAAGAACAUUGGAUAGUUAAACUGUAAGAAUUACAGUUGUGUGUCUAACGAUACCUUCUUUGUCAUUUGUCAAGUAAAAAGUUAACCCAGAAAAAUUCUGAACUCUGAAUCAGCAGGUGAUUUAUAUUUGACCAACACUUUGAAUUUUGUGGCCACAAUUUUUUUAUCUGAUAACGGAAGCCCCAAAUCAAGAUUUCCUGUAUUGUUUAAUGUAGCCUGUUCUUUCUGACCAAUGUAAUCUCAGUGAUGAAUGGAAUUCAUUCCAGUCCAUUAAAUUCAGAAAUACAUUAUUGAAGGUAGCAGCAUACCAGCAGUUCAUAACAUAGAUUGUAGGGGGUUUUUCAGCAUUGCUUUCUGUUUCUUAUACAUUCCAAAACUUCCCAUGUUCUGUUUUUUUUUUACUUUUUGAUGAUGAUUCCAUUUAAUAGUAUUGAAUAUGAACAAGGGGUUUUUUUGCAAGAAUCUAAUUUGAAAACAAUGUAUAAUUUAACAAAGGUUUCAGGUAUUUGCCAGUAACUGAAGAGUUCACAUGUCUAGGUCCCAUUCAAUUUCAUAGCCUUCCAAGAACAAAAUAUUAAAAAAAAAAUGUAGUGUCUUUCUAUAUUUAUGCUUGCAGGCAUUAAGCCUUUCUCUUUCUUUGAUGUUUACAGCUAAUCUUUAAAUGAGUUGAAUACAGGAACAGCAGUUGGCAGAAGCUGUACGCAUCUUUGAAAAUGAAGGUCUUGCUGGAAUUGAUCUGUAUGGAUUAGUGUGUCUGCUUGAUUUGUUAGCACUCUUCAUUCCUGCUUAGCAUUUUUGGGAAGAACAGAGUUGAUGGAAUGAAUUUGGUGAUCAUUUUAGAGUUUACUAAUAUCAGAAGAAAUAGAUUAUGCAUAUGAUAAUUUGGGAGAGGGGUUGGUUGUUUUGGUUUGAUUUUACAUAAAUCAAGACUCAUCUGAACUUUGUUUUUGUAAAUGGUUGACAAAGAUGCAACUUGGCCUCAGCGUAACGGAAUUCAAUAAACAUAGCAGUCUAUAAUUUAACAUUA